AUGGUGCCGACGACGCCCAUCUCGGCUUCAACGGCUGGCGACGAUGUGGAAAAAAUGAGGACGCUUUGCCACUUGGGCCUUCGCUACGACGAUCGGAACGGUUCGACGAUCGGCCAUGCCGAUGCCAAAACUGACACCAUCCAGCAAAAGAAUCCCGUCUUGAGAUUUCUAGUAAACCUGGAGAGUCGCAUUGACAGAUUUGCAAAAUUCGAGGCAAUGGGCGUUGAACGGGUGCCCGAGGACAAACGACAGCCGCCACAGAUUUUAAAUAUGGUCUUUUUCUGGUUCUCUGUUUUAUUCAGCCCAACAAUGAUCCAGAUUGGCAUCCUCGGUCCCAUUUUCGGCAUUUCAGUCAACACCUCAAUUGCUCUUACAACCUUUGCGACGCUUGCCGGAUCUACUGCACCCGCCUUUACCGCCACACUCUCCCCGCUGACGGGGUUGCGUCAGGUGGCGGUCUCGCGUUAUUCUUUGGGUCUCUGGGGCUCAAAGUUGGCCGCAAUUCUCAACGUCGUAAUCAAUGUGGGAUAUGCUACCAUUGCUGCCAUCUUAGGGGGGCAGCUUCUUCGCGCCGUGUCGGGAGGAAGCUUGGCCCUCGUGGUCGGCAUCGUCAUCAUCGUCGUCAUUGCGUUUGUGGUGUCGUUUUUUGGUUACGGAAUCAUUCAUCAUUACGAGCGCUAUGCCUGGUUCUUUGCGUUUGUCCUCAUGUGUGCGCUCUACGGACAGUCGGCCAAGUACUUGUCACCGACGCCCGAGCUUAGCCGUUACAGUGGCAUCGACCUGAGCGGAGCGUGCUUGAGCUACUUUUCCAUUGUUUUUGGAGUCUGCGUUUCGUGGUGCCCGAUCGCAGGAGAUUACUAUGUCCACUAUCCUGCGAAAACCAGCAAGUGGCUAGUGUUUGGAUUGACAUACGUUGGCUUGGUCGUUCCAACCAUAUUCGUCGGUAUUCUCGGCAACCUCUUUGGAGGCAUCGUCCUUACAAACAAGGCGCUUUCUGACGUACAUGAAACGAGUGGCACUGGUGGUCUGAUUCUUGCCGUCAUGUCACCACCAGACGUUUGGGCCAAGUUUGCUUGUGUGUUCUUCGCCCUGUCAUUCCUCGGUGACACGAUUGCAAAUAUCUACUCGAGCGCGCUGUGCAUGCAGCUUCUGGGCAAGCAAUUUGUGGCUGUUCCUCGUUUCGUCUGGUGCACAUUGCUUUGCCUGGUCACGUUUGCCCUUGCCUUUGGAGGCCGCAACGUGCUGGAGGAAAUCAUUAACAAUCUUUUGUCGAUGUUAGGAUACUGGACCCUGGCCUUUGCCGUCAUUCUAUUUGUCGAGCACUUUUACUUCCGACCAAAGAUUGGAGGCUACGACCUCGGCGCCUGGCAAGAUGCAAAGCGGCUGCCAUUGGGGUUGGCCGGGACUGGGUCACUGUUGAUUGGCAUUGGCUUCUCUUUCCUCAGCAUGUGCCAGACUUGGUACAUUGCGCCAAUUGCCAAAAAGAUUGGCAAGUCUGGAGGCGACUUGGGGGAUGAGCUUACUCUCGUUUCUGUCCUCAUUUCAUACCCUAUCCUGAGAACUCUGGAGCUGAGAUGGGUUGGCAGGUGA